AUGUCCCGUCCUGAAUCAAAUAUGGGGACGGUCCGUCUGCAUCGGCCUGCAAGUCGUCCUACUUUUUCAUUGCCAUUUACCCCUUUGGUGCCUAAUGAUAUUGCUACUAAUGGUUUAAGAGAAGGUUCUGAAUCCUACUCCGGAUCUGCAAUUGAUUGGGAUGCACACGUUGUCAAUUUCGUUUCUCAAUGCUUGCAUCCCGGCCUUGUUCGUCGCACGUCAUCUGCUGCUGGACACGCUAACUCUCUUAUUUCUAUAGGAUCUCCUACAUAUACCGGGAUUCAGCAUCAUCCUGUACGUAAUAAGACUAUUGUUAACAUCUUUUCAUUGUUCUAA